UUUAGUAAUCCAACAAUUGCAAACGUUUUAGCGAGCAGAGAGGAUCGAUCCCCCAAAGCCAAGAAGAAGACACAAUACUCUCUUCCGUCGCCGCCGCUAAUCUCGUCGGAACAUAACAUUCAAUGGAGACGCAGCAGAAAACUCAAGCUGAAAACCCGCCGCCAAAACCGGCCAUGUCUUCUUCAUGUAGAAAGAUGGCAAAGGAUGAUGCCAGUUUCCUAGAAGACGUUAAGGAUCACAUCGAUGAAUUCAUCAAUGCUUCUAUGGAUGAUCACAAGAACUGUUUCAACAAGACCAUCAAGAAGAUGUUUGGAUUAUCAAGAGCUGUUGCAGAGAAGCAUGAAGCUGAGGCUAAAGGAGUCGAGAGUUUUUUGCCUCUUAAGACAACAGUCUCGGAUUAGAGAAACUGAUAGAAUCAAUCUAUAACAUGUUGUUGGUUUGGUUUGUUUCGUUUAUUAUUGUUUAUGGGAUAAUACCCAUUUAAUUUUAUUACAGUAAAUAAAAUUGAAGAGUACAAUUUAGUUUGUUAUAUACGAUAACAAAUCAAACGUCAAAACAUUGUUUUUGGUUGAGUGCCAAAGAGUGUUAUGAAUCUAUUAAUUUUGCAAUUUCC